CUUUUAUUCCAACGCGAUCCCUUAAACUUAAACAAAAAAAGUACCCGACGUGUCGGAUUUUCAAUUAUCGCUUUUCCAAUUGGCUUGACUAUUUCACAUUUUCGUCUAACCGACGCUUCACGCUUCCGAAAUGACGCUCGCCGGGAAUUUUAUCCAAAAAAAAUUCGACGCCAUCGGAGUGCAAAGACUAAGUCUACCUGGAAGCGCUUAAGGAGCACCUCCCCCAAAACCCCUCCGCCAAAAUCACUCGCCUAACCUCUCCCUCAUCCUCCUCGUCCUCCUCCGAUCCCACUCCUUCCGCAAAAUCCACUAAAACCUCGUCCCAUCGCAUCCGCGACCUCGACAUAAAAAAAACAGCCAUGGACGGUAUGGAUAACAACAAGCCGGUGUUAAACGAUGACCCAUCGGUCACUUUGACGAUACGCCUCAUUAUGCAGGGCAAGGAAGUCGGAAGUAUCAUUGGCAAGAAAGGAGAAAUCGUCAAAAGGUUCCGCGAAGAGUCCGGCGCGAAGAUUUUGAUCUCUGACGGUACGUGUCCAGAGAGAAUAGUUACAGUAACAGGGCCCACUAACUCAAUCUUCAAGGCAUUCACGUUGAUAUGCAAGAAGUUUGAGGAAUGGUGCUCGCAGUUCCACGAUAUCCAAGGUGGUGGAGCUGGAGGUGGUGGUGGUGUACCAAGGCCACCUAUCACCCUGAGACUGAUCGUGCCAGCGUCCCAGUGCGGUUCGCUCAUCGGCAAAGGUGGAUCCAAAAUCAAGGAAAUCAGAGAAGUGACGGGUGCGUCGAUUCAGGUCGCUUCGGAGAUGCUGCCCAAUUCAACAGAGCGAGCAGUCACCAUAUCUGGCACCAGCGAGGCGAUCACGCAGUGCAUAUAUCACAUAUGCUGCGUCAUGCUAGAGUCCCCUCCCAAAGGUGCCACGAUCCCUUAUCGCCCCAAACCCCAAGUUGGUGGGCCAGUGAUCCUGGCUGGUGGGCAAGCCUUCACCAUCCAGGGUAAUUACGCGGUGCCCGCCCACUCGGACGUAAGUACAGUAAUGCAAAUGCAAAUGCCCACUGUCCCCGCUAUGGGGCACGCUCACCCACCCUCGCUGAACAGCCAUAAUUUGACAGCCUCGCCCUUCGCGGCUCAUCACCCCUCCUCGCCCUUUGCCGCUUCUAACGGGCAUCCCUUCCUACCGGCCCAUCUUAAUCCCCAUCAUCCCCUUCAACCCCUACACGCCAACGUGGCAGGCCUCGCCGACCCCCUGCUGAAGAGUGGACACUUGCAGGCAGCCCUCCCGCCCGCACACCUCGUGGCAGACGUCAUGGGGAAGCUUGGCAACAGCCCUUUAGCCGGAUUGGCAGCGUUGGGUCUCGGAGGAUUAGGAUCACCAGCUAACUCCGGUGGACUGAAUCCAGCUGACUGUUCCCUAGCACUGGCGGCUCUGGCCGGAAGUCAGUUGCGCACCAGCAACACAAACCGGCAACAACCAGCAGCCAAUAACCAAACGCAUGAGAUGACAGUGCCAAACGAGCUGAUUGGCUGCAUCAUUGGAAAAGCUGGCACCAAGAUCGCUGAAAUUCGUCAAAUCUCAGGAGCCAUGAUUAGAAUCAGCAACUGCGAGGAACGGGAAGGUGGAGCCACCGAUCGCACAAUCACGAUCACAGGGAAUCCAGACUCCGUAGCGUUGGCGCAAUAUCUCAUCAACAUGAGUGUCGAACUGCAGAAAGCUAACCUAGAGGCCCAAAAUACCCAAACCCCUGGCAGCGGUACCACUCCCGGGGCAUCCGGGGCCAGUGCUUCCCCCUCUACCACUACUACCAAUGCCUCUCCUUUGGCCAGCGCCAUCCCAUUGGCUCAGCUGCUAAGCAAGCCAGGCGCCCUCAACGCCCUCUCUAGUCUCACAGCUCUUGGUGGGCUUACGGAAUUACUAGGUGGCGCUGCAGGCGCCGCGGCAACUGCAUUACCAGUUCAAACGACUGGUGUGCAUCGCUCGCACAAGCCCUUCACACCAAGGCUAAGAAGUCCGGGCGCACCCGGACCCACUGACAGCGGCAAAUUUAAGUCCGAGAGAACCAAGUACAACCCGUACUGAAACAUCCACGAGACUCCGGAUAACGACGACGCUGCUAUUAAGACAGGCUGCGUGGCGCCACAGUGAUGCAUCAACAACAAAAUCUCUGCUCGCUCAACGUUUUAUAAUCAUCAAUCAAUCAAUUAAUCAAGAUUUUUCACCUUACUUCGCCGACACUCGUGGAAAAAAAAUGAUCAAAGUAUUUGUAAGCGACAUUGAUAAUUUAGUUGAAUACGUGAUUAGUUUCAUCUGACUCGACGAUGGCAUCCUCUAGAUUUCAGGUCACAAAUCAGCUCUUGAAUUUUCAUUGUUCUUAAUCUAGUUAUUCUCACCUAAAUUGUCGAUUAUUCAGAAACAGGCCAAAGCUACAUGAAAGAAUAAAGCUCUCUUCUUGCACUACCAUGUUCGAACUAAAAAGGGAGGUAACGCGUCCCCGCGACCAUACGGAUGACAUUUUAAGUAAAUCUUGGUUUGCUCAAUCUAUCGAAAAUCGAAAAAAGUUGAUAUUUGGGGCGCGGCAGCAUAGAUUUCUUUUUAUAGAGCCUGGAACAAUGUAUUCAAUCCUUUUUCUUGUAAUUAUUGGCUGUUUUAUAUCAAAAGACCAUAUCGGGCAUAAAAAAAACCUACUCGACCGUUUGAUACAAUUAUUUUAUCUCCAACAAAAAAAAAUCGAGGAAACACUUAAGCAAUGUUUAGCGAGCAGAGACAUUUUCUUUGCGCUGAACACAUGCGUAAUUAGAUCAGCAUUCUUGCUUGAAAAGAAAAAAAAAACAAUACAAAAACACAGUAGGGAAAGAAGCGUCGUCGUCGUCGACGUAGACAGCGUGUCGAGCUUCCGCCGCAAUGAAUUUUUACGAUACAAAUGUUAUAACCCAACCGACGUCUGAACGUGAAUCUGGGAAAUUUUUCACCAAGAGGAGCCGCCGCGACGUCACGAUCAGCGCGUUUUUUGAUUCUUUUUUACGCCACGCGAGCUCAAGGUUUUCCCACCAAGGUGGACGUUAUUCAGUAACAAUUGAUCUUGACAAUGAAGAAACUUGAGUUUUUCUAGAUUCAAUUAAUCUGUUAUAUUUGUAAUAAUAUAUUUUUUAAUUUCACUUUUUUUUCUUUUGAUAAGUAUGACUUUAACUUAUUAUGUUCUUUGUGAUUGUAUGAGAGUUUUUCUUGGACAAAAAUAAUGCCUUGGGGAAAUUGGUUUAAAUCUGUUAUAUUUUUUCUAACCUUACCGGAAAAUUUAUCUGAAGUUCGACACGAUUCUCAUAGAGGGUAACUAAAAGAUAUUGGAUUUAAAUAAUUUUUGGAUAAUUUUAAAUGAUUUACAAUUUGUUAUCUAUUCUUUCUCGAGUUUCAAGUUUCCUCAUUUAAAAGGUGGAAAAAGAAAACUUUUUAGAAGCUUUUUGUUGAGGAAUUCUCAAUCGUGACCGGCUCCUCAAAAGACGAGUCUUUUUUAUAUUCUUAUUAUAAUUGUGAUUUGCAAUUAUCCCCUCAAUCAAGUAUAUUUACUAGAUUAGCUGUAUUCCGAUAUAAAAUCUUUUUUGUGAUAGUCGAGCGUUUUUCGCGAAAGAAUGAGCGGAUGAAGUAAGUACAUGUAUGACAGGACGGGGAGAAAGUGACAACAAAAAAACAAAAACAAAAAAAAAAUAGUUUUUUGCACCUGUAAUUUGUCUUAGAGAGAAUUUAGUUUUCUACGUUUGGAAUCAUGUGAUGCGUAUUUAAUAUAUAAUCUUUCGGACAUAGUAAAAAUAUUCGUGAAACUGAGAGCUCACUUGCUAAUUUUCAAUGAAUCAAUGAAAAGAUGGAAAGUGAAUUAAAAAUUCGUAAGUUGUAUUUUAUAUUACGAGGGGAUAGUAUAAUUUUGUUUUAAAAAUCAUAAUUCCUCCUCGUAGUAUAACUGUACAAAUUCCAAAUCUUUGUUCGAAAAUAGACAAGUGGGCCCGAUGAAUAGAGAAGGAAUAUUGAUUACACAUUUUUGGAAUACGUCGUCCCUGCGCUGGGGAAUAAAAUAGGAGAGAGCUUAUUAUCAUAUACGAUAAGGAAUAAGGUCGCGAAUCCGAUAAAAUAUCGCUACGUGAAAUAUUCGCUAGGUAUAAAAAUAAUUAUCUAUAACUACUCUAUUAUCGUAGUGAUUAUGUAAGCAAAAGUAAUUAUCUAUGGUAAUCGUAAUGCGCAAGGCAUCCGUAUAUCCCAAUAAUCAUCAGUUUGCAUCUCGCGAGCUCGACACGUGUAUCCAUUUUUAUUUGUAAUAGCACACACCGAAUUCACUAACUAACUCUAUCAUUACGAUGAUAGGUGAUUAGAAUAGACCGCGUGAAUUUUGUCACUUUGAUACAUUAUUGUUUUGCGAAAAAUGAACGACGGUUGGUAGGACAAGAGACGCAAGUUCUAUUCUAGACCAGGCUCGAACGAUUUUCAAGUUUAAUGCGAUUCUUGCUAAUGCGGACCAUUCGAUCGCGACUCGAGGACUCGUUCACUGAUUGUGUAUCUGAAUGUAAAAGACAGUCAGUUUUUCAUGAUGACAGCAAUAAUUAAGGACCUACUUAGUUAUUAGAUUGAGUAUCGAUUUCGUGUGCUCAAUAGCGACUCGUGGAAACGAGAAAUUUAUAGUCGGGAAACGUCGAUCCUCCACUGAGAAAAGAAAAACUGAUCGAGAUCGAAUUUCACGGGGGUGGGAGAUAAGAUACUUAUAUCUUUCUAUAAUCAUCGCUCCGGGUGAAAUUGGAUUUUACAAUCUACAAGAGACUGCUUUUGUAUUUCUUGUACGUUAUCACUGUAUUUCUUAAUAAAAGUUUUUAAAAAACUAACAUCUAAAUCCUAUAAAUUCUUGAUCAUUCUAGUCUUUUGCAAAUUUGGAAAUCGUUUUUUCGACUAUUUGGACGAUUAUUAUGGAAUCAUCAUCUCGUGAAGAAGCUCGACUUUGAACCUCUGGUUUCUCUCGGCGAAAUUUCAGAUUGUAAUCGUUAAGAGAACGAUCAGCGUUUGAGAAGCAAAGUAAUAAGAGAAGCAGAGGUUCUUCGCAGGAUUAUAUAUCUGUAUAUACAUACAAUAAUGUAACAAUAAUGUCAACGGUCGCAGUAGGAUUUAUACAGCGCCUCGAUUUUUCUUUAUCUUAGAAAGAAUUGUUCCAGGGGUGAAGGAAAACCUCGAGGUGUUCGAGGUUCGGUAUUUUUUGUAGGGAUUUAAGAUCUAUUCUUGCUUCAGUGAUUCAAAUUUUCAAUGGGCGCUGUUUUGGUUCUUCGUAAUACUUGGUACCGAUAUCAAACUGUAUACAUCGUGUGCUAAACAAGCAUAUUGCUGCUACUGUGUAUUACAUUGUUGAAUAAAGCUAGGCGUGUUUAAUACUACAA